CGAAGGGACUCAUUCUUGUGCAAGGUGUCGUAGGAUCAAGUUCACUUGAACUUUAGAAAGCGCAAAUAAUUGUAUUUUUUAACUAAGUUAUACAAAGCAAACAUCGAAUUUAACACAACAACUUUCAAAGUGCUUGUGUGUUACAACAAAUACGUAAAAUAAAAAAUACUCAAACUGAUUUACGGUUGCUAAACAGCCGCUUUACACCGAUGGUGAACAUGUCAAGCGCGGUCUUUACGCACUACAAUCCGAAAGCUAACAACGCGCUGCAGUGUUACAAUAAAAAUAUUAGCCAUCAACAACAACAGCAACAACUCAGCGCCGCUGUGAAAAUGUUCAAAUAUCAAAAUAUAGCGCCCGCGCCCACAAUGUCACUAGCCAGCGGUGGCUGCACUGGCGCUGAGAUUAAAACGCGCAAAUAUACGCCGCGCGCACCCAGUAACGGCGGCGGUCCCUACAGCGUCGAUCAAACGCAAUCGGUGCAGCGGCGCAAUGCGCGCGAACGCAAUCGCGUCAAACAGGUGAACAAUAGCUUUGCACGCCUGCGCCAACACAUACCGCAAACGAUCAUCACGGAUCUGCUGAAGGGCGGCGGCCGUGGACCGCAUAAGAAAAUCAGCAAAGUGGAUACGCUGCGCAUCGCGGUCGAGUACAUAAGGCGGCUGCAAGAUUUGGUCGAUGACUUGAAUGGCGGCAGCAGCGGUAGUGCUAAUAGCAACAGCGUCGUGCCGAAAAUGUGCAGCGCGCGCAGCAGUGAAGGUUUGCUAUUGACAGACAAUACUACUUCGAGCUCGUUCAGCAGCAGCAGCAGCAAUCUCAGCAUGUUGUCGCCAGAUUCGCCAGCGCGUCAAACACCGAACUCGAACGGCGGUGGCUUAGCAGCGGCGGAGCAAUUGUAUUAUGCCAGUAACGCUUUGCAAGCUUUCCAGCAACAACAACAGCAGCAGCAGCAACAAUUUAACUCUACGCUACUCACCGCCGAAGCGUUGCAAGCAUACGCUGCACCACAAGCCGCACAGUCCGCGCAGACGCAGCUCGAUAUUGGUUGCCCCUCGCCUACCUCAUCCUUCAACUCUUUCGAUUCGGGCACUUUUGUGCAUUCGCCAGUGCCACAUGCCUCAAGCGGCGAAGCGCAGCGCAGCGCUAACGGUAAUAACGCGCAGAUUGAUGCGAAUCUGCAGUUGAAGUUUGAGCCAUAUGACAGCUUCAAUCUGCAUGAGGAGGACUGCACGCCCGACGAUGAAGAAAUACUCGACUACAUUUCGCUGUGGCAAGAACAAUAAGUGUUGCACGGGUAAAAAUUUGUAAAUAUGCAGACGUUCAGGGAUAAAAUGCCAGUGAAUUAUUAAUUGUAAAUAUAUAAGUGUGUGCGUGCUUUUUCGUUUUUAAGCUUACUCAGUUACCUAGUCAAAUUAGUUGAAUUUGCCAAUUUUUUUCAUAAAAACAAAUAUCUAUCGAAAAUAUAUAUAUCGAAAGUAGUUGUAAGUAGUUGUAGUUUUUGUGUGCCUUAGUUCAAAAUUAUGUACAUGGAGAGAUAUGACUACUUGUAAAGCAUUUACAGUUAGGUUUAAGUGCUUUUAGCUUUUAAUGGAAGACAAUAAUUAGCGUUAAGUAGUAGACUAAGCAAACCACUGGAAGACACUAAACUCAAGUAAUUUUAAGGCUGAAAAAUUAUGAAUAU